CAAACGGAAGCAGGCGCUACCAUUUUAUAACACAGUACCGCCUAGGUAAGAUGGUAGGCCCUUUUAUUUAAACACUAUUUAAAGAACCUCCUCUGCCGUCGUAUCCUCACCGAGCUGUAUGACAAAGCGCCAUGGACAAGAGCAACACAGUGAAGCUCUUUGUGGGCAACCUGGCAUUGGACACCACGCAGGAGGAGCUGUCGGCCAUCUUCGAACCCUACGGCCAGGUGGUCAGCUGCAGCGUGCUGCGGCAGUUCGCUUUUGUUCACCUGCAAGGGGAGGGUGCUGCCGAGCGUGCCAUUCGAGAGCUCAAUGGGCGGGAAUUUCGUGGACGGAAUCUGGUGGUGGAGGAGUCCAGAGGCAGGCCGCUGCACUCCACCAAGGUGUUUGUGGGCAACCUGAGUGGGAUGUGCACCACGGAGGACCUACAGCAGCUGUUCCAGACGUUUGGAAAGGUUCUUGAAUGUGACAAAGUUAAAGGCUACGCCUUCGUUCACAUGGAAAACAAAGAGGAUGCUCUACAGGCCAUUGAGGCUUUGCAUGGCACUUCCUUUAAAGGACGCCCCUUGUCUGUGGAGCUGUCAAAGGUCCAGCCCAGCAAGCAAGCACCAACAGGUAAAAUCCCCUGUGUGAACUGUGGGAAGCAGGGCCACUACGCUGGAGAGUGCCCUGUAGGGAAGCCGUCGUUGGAACAGUACCAGAGCCAAGCAGCCGUUCUGGCUGCUGCGGCGGCUGCAGCUGCAGGACUGCCUCUCCAGGUGCAACAGAGUGUGCACAACUCGGUCUACAACACCACCACGUUCGACCCAACAUAUGCUGCUCUCACUGGGAUCACCACAGGGACACGCACUGACGGAAAUCCGGUGAACCCGGCUGUCUACGGGGCCCUUGCCAGCCAGGUGUAUGGUGCCAAUGUUGCCAACCAGCUGUACGGUACGGUGGCAAAUCAGGCAGCUCUCACAUCAGCCGCCACCCAAGUGUACAGCUCCAUGACACCCAACAUUUACGGCCAAGUGGCUGCUUCCCCUGCUGCUGCGGCCGCUGCCGCCCCGGCCGCAGCUGCCUAUUCGACCCCCGUUUACACCCCGACUAUGGCCAACACUCCUGUUUACUUGGCCGCUGCACAUGGGUUAGAAAUGCCUUCGGCCGCUGCGGUGAACACCGCCUACAGUGUAGCACCAGGUAUUUACAGUGCUGCCGGGCCGGCGUAUGCCCACAUCAGCGCCAUGGGAGCAGCGGACCCCGCUACAGCCAUCUUCGAGGCAGCGAGACAGGCACACUACUUUGCCCAAGGCCAGCAGGUUGUGGCCGACCAGCAGAGUGCAGCAGUAGCUGCGGCAAAAUCUGGUGAGAGGGACCGUAGUCCCCUGCGGAGGUCGGCACCCCUGCUACCAGACCCAGUCUUGAAGCCCUUUAUGUACCAGAGAGCCAAGCCACGCAGAUCACUGCUCCCCACCCCUGCUGGUCGAGCAGCAGAGGAGGCUGUUGAGGCUGCAGAGGACCCAAUGGCCAGGUACUACGCAGAGUACUACCAGCAGCUGCAGCAGUACCCUCAGUUCCAGUACACCUACCCACCACAUGGUGCUAUGGCCAUACCAGGCCUCCCAGGAGUCUCAGCGAUGCAGGCGGUCCCUGGCAUGUCUGCGAUGACGGCCCAGCCAGUAGCCACGCUGGACGCCCUCAGGCCAGUGGUGCCCACCGCCGCAGCAGUGGCAGCCGCCAUGGCCGCGCCCAGGGUGUAUGAGCCGCCGUUGCCGCCGCCCACGCGCAAGGAGGCCAUCCUCCGCCGCCCCGAACUCUCCCUUCACACGCCUGAGCCCCCCUUCCGAUAGUCACAGCAAUUCUCCGUCCCAUCCCUGCCUCCCUCUCUGCCCUGCAUACCUCCACACAUUUCCUCCUCCUCCUCCUGCUCCACCCCAAACUUGAUCACCUGACAGCAGCUGUACAUGUGUAUGUGAGUGUGAUUGAGGAUGGAAAGAUGGGAGGGGGCUACUGGGUUUUUUAACCUGCUCUAAGAGGGACUUUUGAUCUCCAACCUUGGUCUGGUUUCACUCACAUAGUGCAUCCAUGACAUCGACGUUCUCUCAUCUGUUUUAUGGGCAUUAUUUUAGUGUUAUUUUGUUUGUUUUUUUGUGCCAGUCUCACACUUUGUGCCAGUAUUAGAUGGACCUCCGCGGUCGUUUUCCAUUUGUCUUUCAUUUCUACAAUCCAUUAAUGGUUCUCUGAGGCCAAAUCUACAAUGACAGGUGGUGUCGCACACCUACGUUUGGCCUAGGUGAUAAGUUGGGGCAGCUAAUUUGAACCUCUUUUGCCUUAUGAUUUCCAUUGUAAUCAGAUGAGGACGUCGCAUAAGCACAUACUGUGUAUGCAUGCAACAGACUCAAGGUUGGCGUGCUUUGGGGCGGGUGGGUUGGUAGUGCUUGUCUUGAAUGUGACUUGUAGGAUGCAGUACUGUUUGUCUGAAUGAAUGAGUGAAAGAGAAAUGACCUUGCAGCACACAAACGCAGCAGCAGAGACUGCACAUCGCAGAAAAAAAAAACAAACAAACACGUGAAGCACACAUUAUUGUACUGUAAUGUCCUUGACUUCCUUUCCACCUUUCUCUCAAUCCUCCCCUGAAAGACACUGCUUCACCUCUCUGACAACAGCUGCCUACCUCUCUCCUUCCCCUCUCUCUCUCUCUCUCUGUGAAUCCUCUUCUCUUGUUUUCCCUCCCGCUCUUCACUUAUUGCCCAGUCAGCAGUUAAAUUCCCUGCUCCUCUUAGAAAAGUACAGGGUCAGCAGUUUAGGGAGGAACCUGGACGUCACUGUCAGGGACAUAUGUAGAUAACCCUCCAUAUUCUGGGGCCUUUAAAGUAGUAUUUGUGUUUGUGUAGUUAACAUGUAGUACAAGUCCAAUUAUGUGACUACUGGAUGAGCUGUUUACAAAAGGGUCUCUACGUUGCUAAAGGAAUGACAGUAGUGUGUAGCAAGAGUAGUAAUGUGCCUAUGAGCUUUGAGUGAAGUGCAUUAAGUGGAGAAAUCUCCCAAUUUAAGUGCUUUUGAUAUUACUUUUCAAUCACUUCAACAGAGGGUGUCCCUCCAGAGCUGAAUGUCCCUGCUGGAGGCUACACAGUGCUAACGUAUAACUUUCGUUUACCAGCUACUCUUUUUAAAAAAAAAAAAAACAAGGCACAAAUCGAGCCUCACAGAAUAAAAACAAAAGCACCAAUGAAGUGAGAGAUGGGGCAGUGUCUUUCAGUCGCCCACCCACCGAGAAAAAUCCUUCCUUCUAAAUACCAGACCUGCGUCGGAUUGUAAUUGCCAGAAAAGUUCCACUCAAUACGUUUUCAUGCACACUGACAUCAGUCCCAGUUUAAAAGCACAGGAGUAAAGUCUGCAUCAGUCCACACCUUUCAGCCGGUGUGUUGGGUCUCCAGUUGAAAUGUUGGCUGUGCAUUUAGUCAACAGUUCAACUGGAGACUCACUAGCUUGAGGCAAGCAAACUAUUCUAGGUAUAUUUUUGGGCUGAACAAAGUGUUUUUUAUAUUUUGAUGCGUCAGACACAAAAUAUUCUUUAAGAUAUUGUUGAGGGCAGAUCAAAGCUUAACCCCACUGACACCUAUGUGUUGCUCUCAACUGGUGCACAACCAACAUGUGUUUUUUACUCUCAACCCAUUUCCAAGAAAAACAAAAGAUAAGCUGGCUCACCCAGCUUUAUUAUCUUGCUUAAUAAAAAAAAUGUAAAGAAUAUGAAAAACCGUUUUAUCAGCCGACUGACAACAAGAUGAUCUGUGAAAGAAUUGACUGAGUUUUUAACCCUAAAAAUAUUUCAGCUUACUCACGAAACGCAAAAGAGAUGGAAGAAAGUGUUUUACCAAAGUAUUUUCAGUAUUUUGUAUUUGGUCCAAAAUAUUUGGCUUGCUUGCCAACAGCAAAAACUAGCUCCUGUUUCAUGUGCUUUGAGCGCCCUGUGCAUUAGCCAAAAUGUUUGAGGCUAAUGUAAUCACUCAGUGUAGUUUUUUGUUUCUCUCAUGCCAUGUAAACACACCGACUGAAACUUCUCACGCAGUUGUCCUAUCCAAUAGAUGGCGCUAAUGGAAACUACAUUUUGAGUGCAAAAGAGUUCGGCCCAUCUGCUUUUUUUCCUCACUUUUUUUCAUUUAUUUGCAACUACCUUUUGACAGUGGUCUGAUGCACACACAAAACAUCCCCUCAGAAUUCACCUCACUGCCUCCCCCUCUCCUCCCACCUCCUUACCCCUGUGUUUCUUUUUUAGUGCUUCAGUGACUUUUGCAUUUCACAGUGUAAUCUUUUCUGUGUCGUAUAUACAAACACAUGCCAGUUGCAUCCUUUGUAGAACUACGUGACUUUUGCGAAAUGUCUUGUUUGCCAUGUUUGAAAUCAUAUUUUAUAGAGAAGUAUUUUAAUUUUGCCUCUUUCUUUUUAGUAAAAACGACAAAAGAUCUUAAAAAAAAAAAGAAACCACACAUCAGCAUGCUUUUUAUGGAGAAUAUGUAUAUUAUACACACUUAUAUUAAUAAAGAAUGUUUGGCUGGCUAUUGUGAGAAAAAGACAGCAAAGGGUUUGGACAUUUCCCCCUUCUUCUUCUUCUUCUUCUACUACUACUUGUUUAUCUUGUUCUUCUCCACUAUCUGUUUUCUCCUGUGUAAAAUGACCGCCAGACCCAGUUGACUGGGGGACCGAGGGGGAGGCAGGUGUAGAUGCUGUGGCCCAGCUUUGCUCUCUGUGGUCAGGGUAAGUGUGGGAUGGUGCUCCUUUCUCUCUCCAGCCUCUCAAGAUAUUUGAGAACAAACCAGCAUUAGUUUGGACACAGGCCUUUCAUAUUCAUCCUGCUGCAGACGGGGCAUUACAAGCUCUCUGUGAAAUCCUGAGGAAAGCUGGGGAGAGGCACACAGAUAGAAUGGCCGGGGGUGCAUUUUGAUCUGUGGAGCAGUACUGUUCCUGGGGUUGAUGGGUGUGCGUCUAGUCUGGUCUGGUCUGGUCUAUCCCUGCUGCACCAAAUUUCUCCCUCCACCCUCCGUGUGUCUUUGUGUCCACUUUUCUCUUCGACCUGCAUGUGUGAUCAUCUGUACCUCUGCCACAAAUAUAAACAAGUAAACAGACAAAAAAUAUGGCCCAGGAUAGUUCUGAACUAACUAUCUCAACUGAAUUAGGUCUCUGUGCCAACUGGAACGGGCAGCGUGGCGGUGUCAGCCAUCGGGGACCACUUUUAGUGCGACGCCAUUGCAGCGGGAUCUUGUUGUCAGUCUCUCCUGAUCCUCGUCUCCACUAAGGUAAA